AUGGUCCGCACCUCCGACAUCCUCAUCAUCCUCGUCGCCAUCCUCUUCCCCCCCGCCGCCGCCGCCAUCCUAACCGGCUGUUCCUGCGACCUCCUAAUCAACAUCCUCCUCACCCUCCUCGGAUACAUCCCAGGACACUUGCACGCGUUUUACCUCCUUUAUAAGAGGAUCAAGAGUGAGGAGAGGUUCGGGGAGGGGAAUUUGAGGUAUGUCGGGAAUGCUGAGUGGGCACCGAUCGAAGGAGCCUACGCGCCCGUCCACCCCCAUGCGCACCCGGGACACGCAUACGGUGCGCCGCCUCAAGGUACGACGACGUACGGGACGGCUUAG